UAGUCCUUGAAAUAAUCCGUGACUAGCCGCAUAUAGCUCCCUUAAUCAUGGCUUCCCUCUUUCAAUGGACCGCUUCAAGGCUUCCAUCUGCUCAGAUUCUUAGACAUCCAUCACUGAGGAAGAACUUACCUAUGAUUUCGGCGUUUUUAAGUACAACAUCUAGUCAAAAUGCGAUAAAAACUGUAACGGUCAUUGGUAGUGGACUAAUGGGUUCUGGAAUUGCUCAGGUAGCAGCAGCCACCAACCACAAGGUGACAAUGGUGGAUCAGACCAACGCAAUUUUGACGAAAUCCUUGAAUGCCAUCGAGAAAAGCUUAGAGAAAGUCUCAAAAAAGAAAUUUAAGGAUGAUCCUGAGGCUGGAAAACACUUUGUCACUGAUACUCUUUCAAGGAUCAGCAUAAGUACAGAUCCUGCAGCAAACAUCAGCGAAACAGAUCUGUUAGUAGAAGCCAUUGUAGAGAACAUGCGUGUAAAGCACAAUCUCUUUACGGAACUUGAUAAAGCUGCACCCAGUCACACCAUUUUUGUGUCCAAUACAUCAUCCCUACCAAUAGCAGAAAUAGCCAGUGUUACUAAACGAACAGACAGAUUUGGUGGUCUUCAUUUCUUCAAUCCUGUUCCUUUGAUGAAAUUAGUGGAGGUCAUACGUAUUCCAGAAACAUCAGAGGAAACAUUUGAUGCCCUAUUUCAGUUUAGCAAAGAACUUGGAAAAGUGCCUGUUUCAUGUAAGGAUACACCUGGUUUUAUUGUCAACCGUUUGCUUGUUCCAUACAUAAUGGAAUCCAUUAGAAUGCUGGAAAGAGGCGAUGCCUCUGCAAAAGACAUUGAUACAGCCAUGAAGCUUGGAGCAGGAUACCCAAUGGGCCCGCUGGAGUUGGCAGACUACGUUGGACUUGAUACAACUAAGUUUAUUAUUGACGGUUGGCACGAGAAGUAUCCAACUGAACCUCUCUUCAGCCCUAGGGAGAUCUUGAAUGACCUUGUAGCACGCAACAAACUAGGAAGGAAGUCUGGGGAAGGGUUUUACAAGUACGAGUAGGACCCAGGCUCCAGCUGUCUCCAAGAGAACACUGGCACUUGCAUGAAAAGUUACAUCCUGUAGAAAUUUAAAGCUUUUAUCAGGAUAUGGUGUCAUUUAAAUAUCUGACUGGCCUGUUAGAUGUAAUAACCAUGGUUACCAUUUGGCCAAUCAUAGCUUGUGUGUCUCUUAGGUCUUGUGAUUCUCAGUCCCCGCUCGUCGGUUUAAGGCAGAAAAGACCUAUUGUCAGAUAUACGGGAAGUGAGACGGUUUUUGGCCAAAUUCAGCGUCACAACUCUUGCAUUUGUCAUUGGUGGUAAAUGAUCAUGAUUUGUUGAAUAAAUUAUAAAAUGUGAAUUGUUCUGGAGUAAA